GCCGGCCAUGUCUGGGUUUCAAAAUUGCUCUCUCCGCAGGAGCCAUCAACUCUACGCAUAGACCGCUUUAUAAGAAGGAAAAUUUCAAGACAUCGCCAACAAAGUGUUUGACAGAGAAAGAAACGGCAAAUCCACAACCAAACACACACAGAGAAAGACCUCAUAGCCCAUAGCCUCAUUCAAACUAGAGACAAAGUGGGAGAGAAAUUCAAGUUUUCUUGCCUUUGUGUAAUGCAUCAUAAGAAAUCCGAAGUUCAGAUCGGAAAAGAAAGCAGCGGCGUCUCUUCCGAUUACAAUCGCACCCCUUUUCACACCUCUUCUUCUGAAUCCAAUGCCCCUCAUUUUCUCUCCUCCCAGGAUGACCCCGUCACUCCCACCCCUUCCACUACGCCCAUUCUCUCCACUCCCCACAAACGACCCCUCAUGACCCACAUCCCAUCUCUCACCAAAUCCCCAACCUUCGCCUCCGCUCUUCACAAUUACCAAGCCUCCACAGCCCCACAAUUCAAUUCCCAUUUCCCCGCAACCCCACAAUUCAAUUCCCAUUUCUCUUCCCUCUUUUCCAUCUCUCCCUCUCUGAAGACAAUCGCUGUCCGCCUUUUCCACCGCCUUCGUCGUUUUCGGGUUCAUUUUCGCUUUAUUCUCCUCCUCACUCUGCCUUUUUUCUGGCUCCUGGUUUCCCACCCGACUCACUCGUAUUUCCUUGACUUCUUCUCCGCGUUCUUUUUCUCCGCGGCGCUUCUCUUCUCGCUCAAUCUCGCACUCCCUCGCCUGCCCUCGAUACGUCUGUUCUUAGCCCGAUCGUUUCCAGUUAAGCUCGUUUCGGGGUGUGCUAUAUCGAGGCCAGCUUUGCCGGUGUUUUGGUCAAUUGGGUCCAGGCCGAAACCUGAAAAGAAGGCGAAUUCAGGGUGUUGUGUUGAGGUUUACAAUAAUGGAGAUGUGUAUGAAGGGGAGUUACAUAAGGGUAAGUGUUUAGGCAGUGGAGUUUAUUACUAUUACAUGAGCGGGAGAUAUGAGGGGGAUUGGGUUGAUGGCAAGUAUGAUGGGUAUGGGGUGGAGACUUGGGCGAGGGGAAGCCGGUACCGCGGUCAGUAUAGGCAGGGUCUCAGGAAUGGGUUUGGAGUGUAUAGAUUUUAUACUGGUGAUGUUUAUGCUGGGCAAUGGUCGAAUGGGCAAAGUCAUGGGUGUGGAACCCAUACUUGUGAAGACGGUAGUCGAUAUGUGGGGGAAUUCAAGUGGGGUGUUAAGCACGGCCAUGGCCACUAUCAUUUUAGAAAUGGGGACACAUAUGCUGGAGAAUACUUUGCAGACAAGAUGCAUGGGUUUGGAAUUUAUAAGUUUGCCAACGGUCAUCGGUAUGAGGGAGCCUGGCAUGAGGGUAGAAGGCAAGGGCUUGGAAUGUACACCUUUAGAAAUGGAGAGACUCAAUCUGGGCACUGGCAAAAUGGGAUUCUUGACAUCCCAAGCACUCAAAGCACAACCUAUCCUGUAUCUCCUAUUGCUGUUUAUCAUUCCAAAGUACUCAAUGUUGUUCAGGAAGCACGCCGAGCAGCAGAGAAGGCCUAUGAUGUGACGAAGGUGGAUGAAAGGGUGAACAGGGCAGUCGCAGCAGCUAACAGGGCAGCUAAUGCAGCAAGAGUAGCAGCAAUAAAGGCCGUCCAAAAGCAGAUACAUCAGAAUAGUAACAAUAACCAUAUCCCAAUUCCAAUGGUGUAAUAUUGUGGAUAUCAACUUACUUAACACUACAAAACUGAGACUUCUACGUCCCAAAACAGCAGCAAGAGGAGGAUGGAUGAUGUGAUUUUCCCUCCCAAGUUGCAUUCUGUCCUUUACUUUUCGAUCUUCACUUUUGAAAUCUCCCAUCUUUACUCCGGAGGAUAUAAUCCAAGGUGCAGACUUGGAACCCAUUUCUAGAAGGGGAAAUGAUGGGUGAAUCAAGGAGAGGAUCAAUCUUCCUUUUUGGUACAGCAUCGUAUAUAUAUAAAUAUAUGAUAGAGAGACAUGACACCCAUAAGUUUAUUAAUUUUGUUCUUUUUUCCUUUCACUGUUGUAAAGCUUAGCUAGUUGUAUUAUAAGUGCUGGUGCCCAGUGAGAACUUGACCCAGCCAGUGUUGUAUAAGUCAUGGUCUUGAUAAAUGGAACUACUAUAACAUUUGAGCAUUGUACCACUGGAGAGCAGGCUACUUUUGUUUCUCA